AUGGAGACAGAAUCAUCCUCGACAAAGCUGAUGGAGGCCAACUCGCCCAAAUCCCCCGGCCGCAGACGGAGAUGCAUCUGCCUCUCCGCGACCGCAGCAGCCCUUCUGGCCCUGGGCCUCCUCCUCCUCCUAAUCCUCGGCCUCACCGUCUUCAAGGCCCGGCGCCCCACCACGCGGGUGGACUCCGUGGCCCUGGACGACCUGGACUUCUCGGUCGACCUCGCCCGCCUCCGCGUGGUGGUGAACGUGAGCCUGGCCAUAGGCAUCACCAUCCACAACCCGAACCGCGUCGGCUUCAAGUACCACAACGGCACGGCCCUCCUCCGCCACCGCGGCAACGAAAUCGGGGAGGUCCCCGUCCCGGCCGGGAGGAUCGGGGAGCGGGACACGCGCUCCCUCAACCUCACCCUCGCCCUGAUGGCCGACCGCAUCGUCUCGGACUCGACCCUGUUCAACGACGUCGUUUCCGGGACUUUGCCAAUCCAGGCGUACGUGAAGCUAUCCGGGAAGGUGAGGAUAGUGUUGAGCAUUCAUGUGGCCACGUAUUCGACCUGUGAUGUGGAUGUCAUACUCACCAAUCGGACUCUUUCGAAUCUCAAGUGUCAUUACAGGACCAACAUCUGA